GGAAACAGUAAAAAAUGUCUACAAGUAUACUUUGGAUUCUUAUGGAGUGAACCUUUCCGUACAAAGCACUACUACUUUUUUACCACAGUUUGCCGUUCAGUUAUCUUACCUCUAGACAGUUGGGCAUUUGAAUACAGCCUAGUGAUAAGUUUCAUGCAGGAACAAUUUUGCAAAUAGUGUCACUGGAUCCCAGCCGAGGCCAUCUUUAGGCUUGUGGACAGCCCCUAGCGUGUGUGUGCUCAUAGAGCAUAAAAGAAGGCCCAUGAGAGGGGGCGGAAUUAAAUUAGAAAGUUCACAGACUGGUUCUUCCAGGGACACACUGACAGUCAGGUGAUGCCUUCACUAGAACUGCUGUAACAUGGAGUUGGUGUAGUGGCGGAAUGUAAGUACCAGACUGGAGAAGCAUUGGCGGAGAGGAUAGUGUCUUAAAAGGGUUUCAUUCUAUGGCCGACAAAAAUGAUUAUUCUCCCGGGCACCGAGCAGUUGGACAUUCGAAUGCCGUUUCCAGAUGAAGUCAAGUACUCUAUUUUGGGCAUCUCUAUUCUGCUCUUCCUCAUAGCUAUGGGCAUUCUUAUCUGGCAAGUUCAAAAAUGCUGUGUCAGGGCUCAUGAUUCAAAAGAUUCAGUGAGCAGCUUGGUGACAGAAGACAAAAGUGACCUGAGUGGAAGCUCCUCUUUUUACAGUCAGAGACCAAGAUUUAAGGAAGAGUACGCCCAUGAGCAGGUGCGCAGGCUGAGCCGUUGCCUCUCACAGGACUCUCCAUCGGCCUCAGUACUGAACGGCAGCUUGGAGAGCUUGGAGGACCAGGAGGAGGAGGAGCAGAUGCGUGGCUCCCUGCACUUCUCCCUCUACUACGACCAGCUGCAGGCCCAGCUGGUGGUGACCGUGCUGGAGGCCAGAGAGCUGCCCCUGCGUGACUUCAGACACAGUGUGAACCCUUUCGUUCACGUGCGUCUCCUGUGGGCCAGAGAGGCGGAAAACGAAGAAGAGGAGGAGGAUGAUGAAGAAGAGGAGAGGAGGAGGAAGGAGAAGAGCUUCGGCAACCCCCAGCCUAUGCAGUGUGUGCUUCAAGAGUGGCAGUCGCGGCUGGUGCAGAACAGCAGCAACCCGGCCUUUGGGGACCAGUUCUCCUGCGCUGUGCCUGAGGAGGACGUCCUCCGCAUCACUGUGAAACUGGAGGUUCGUGACUUUGAUAAGUACUCCAGGCAUGAGAUUCUGGGGGAGGUCCGCACACCUUUGAGAAAUUUGAAUAUUUCGUAUCCUCUGGAGCUGUGGCAGGAUCUACAACGACCCAGAAAGGACUUGGUUGGUGAAGUGCUCCUUUCUCUGAAGUACAUGCCCACAUCACAGAGGAUAGAGGUGGGUGUCCUGAAGAUCAGGAUAAUUUCAAAGUCCACCGGGACAGCCAGAGCACUGUAUGUCAGGGCCAGUGUCCAAUGCAACCAGUGCAAGCUCCGGCAUCAGAAGACAGCCACGAAGCCCCAGUGGGACGUCACGGUCUUCAAUGAGGUCAUGAUUUUUGUGCUGCCUGACUCUCAUGUACGGGAGUGCACCAUUGCGGUGAAUGUAUAUGAGGUGCACCCCGAAAAGAAAUCAUCAAAACACCUGAUUGGCCAGCUAACCAUGGGGAAGGGGAGACAGUCAGAGGAUGAACACUGGAAGCUGAUGACGCGGUCGCUUCGACAGCCAAUCGCAAAGUGGCAUCCCCUGUAUGUGUGAAACCUCUGGACUGCAUGUUUUCCUGGCUUUUCCAGUUUCUGAGGAUAUUGCAUAUUUAUGAGACUUACAUGGCUAACUUCUGUAACCCUUUACUUAAACCCAGUAUUCGCAAAGCAAAAUACACCAAAAUGAUUGACAUAAGUCUAAUUAUUUAUAUAUAGUAAUGACUGCACUCAUAAGCAUUACGAUGUUAUAUAAGCCCUUACGGCUGAAUGCAUAAUAAAGCUUCUUCUACCUCUUGAUGAUGGCACUGAUGACAUCUUUGCCUUCUGUUCAAUGCUGUUUAUUGACCAAAUGCUCUUUAAGGAGCCGUAUGUCCAUACAAGCUUUCAUAAUAACAUAAUAGUUGUGUAGAGCUUAUACUACAACAUCAUGACACUUUAUGAGUGCAGUCAUGUCUAUUUAUAAAUAGUUAUAUAGAAUUAUGUUAUUCGCUAUAAUGCUUUACGAAUACUUUAUAAACAUUUAUAAAUGUGUUUAUCAUGCUUUAUGUGUAAAGUUUUGCCACAUUGUUAUGGAGUCCUACUGACUUCUACACACACUACUAGAGGAAAGUUGGUUUCUUUUAUCUCAUUAUUCUUUGUGUGCAUCUUUAUCUUUAUAACUGAGUGAAUUUGGUUAUGUGUCACACCCAGCCAUUUAACAGGCUGCUAAGAAGAGCACUUGAGUAGCCCUAAGUUUGAACAACUCGGCUCCCUACAACACAGGACAUGAUACUGACGACUGUAGAGAAUGUGUAAACGUAAAGGUUUUAAUAAAGAAAAUCACUAACUAAAA